UAACUAAGUCACCUCCACGGUCAGUUAUAUUCUAAGUAUAUUUAAAAUAUUAUGAAAGAGAAAAAGCAAAUGGCGCAAAUAGUUUUCUCAGAAACCACAAAACGUAUUCCAGACUACUUUCUUAUUGGUCGUUCCUAGCCUAUCUAUUGUGAGGAAAAAGUCAAUACAUAUGCUUUUCAAAGUUUAUUUUUGUCCGUUGCUCAGUUCUCGAAUAUAAAAUCAAUCAUAGAGGGCGCUGGGGUUAAUCAAAAGGUCCUAGAUCACGUCCCUUUAGUGGGAGAGUCAGUCGGGUGACCGAUAGUUGAUUCACAAUUAUUCUGCUGAAAUGGGUUCGUAUUAAUUGUUAAUUUAUUCUGUGUCUGUGAUAAUAUCUGUUUUACAUCGAGAGCAAUAUUAGAAUAACUAAUUAGUAUGCCAACAGUAAUUAUGAAUAAAUUAUACUUUGCACAAAUUUAUACUACAAAUUUUGAUUAAACUGAAAUGUGUUGAAAUUAUUCAGUAGGCAGCGAAGCCAUAUUUUGAAAUGUAAUUUUAAGAAACAAAAACAUUUAUAUAUUAUCAAUAAAAUUUAAAUAUUAGGUUUUGAAAAGUGAUAAUUUACUUAAGCUUUUAGAAACACACCUUUCAUCUCCAACUAUUCCACAAGUACAUAAUACAAUGAAACCAAAAUCUCUGCCUGAACAUAGUCGCCAUAUGUUAGAGUUUCAUUACAUACGUGGAUGUUUAGUUUCAGAGGGCUACCUGCGCAAUUGCACGCCGCCAGCCAUCGACGACUUCCCGGCCGGGUUGUUCACGGAACAGCAGCGGCAGCACGGAGCCAUCGUCAUCCAUGCCUUCAUCUCCAUCUAUCUCUUCCUAGCCCUGGCUGUGGUGUGCGACAAGUUCUUCGUACCAGCUGUCGAAAAAAUCUGCCAUGCUCUAAAUAUGACGAAUGAUGUUGCCGGUGCAACAUUCAUGGCGGCUGCGACGUCGGCACCAGAACUGUUUGUCAACGUGAUUGGAACCUUCAUCACGGAGGGAGACAUCGGAGUUGGAACUAUUGUCGGUUCAGCUGUGUUCAACAUUCUUGCUGUUGCAGCUUGCUGCGGCAUAGGGGCAGGGAUGGUUGUUCCUUUAGACUGGUGGCCGCUGACACGAGACUGCCUUGCCUACGGAAUCACAGUAUCCAUACUUAUCUGUAUAAUGCACGAUGAGUACGUCCAGUGGUACGAGGCUUUCCUCCUUGUCAUGCUGUAUGGAGUCUACAUUUGCAUAAUGUAUUAUGACAAGUCCAUCCAGAACUUCGCAAAAGAAAUGUGUUGCUACACAGGUAGCUGGAAAUGUGUUUCGGACAUGUUGAAGAAAAAUGGCGAUAAACCAGAAAACGCCAUUGCGGCUGAAAACGAACUUAAAGAUGCUAAAGAGCCUUCACCUGCAAACAAAAAUGAUUUGUCUUUGGAUCACCAUCAACACAAUGGGAAUAUAAAAAGUGCGUUAUCUCUUCUCCCAGAUAUGAAUGAAAAGAAUAGUGAAAUUGGCACUGCACAGAAGUUGCCGGUCGAUGACGGUGACAAAGCAAUUAAUAUUUGUAUCGAUAUCGAGUCAAAGGUCAAUGACAUAGAAAUUGCAAACCCUGAGGAAAAUGUGACUCCAGCCAGCGUUGGUGAAAGUAACAAAGAGGCUGAAGAUAAGUACGAGCACUCGCUUUGGAAGUGGCCGACUGGGAGGAGCUGGCUUACUAAGUGUACAUGGAUACUUACAUGGCCCAUCCAUCUUGUUUUCUUGUUCACGAUUCCCGACUGCGAGAAACCUCGCUUCAAGAACUGGUUUCCUCUGACAUUUAUGAUGUGCAUUGUAUGGAUUGGUUCCCUAUCCUACAUCGUAGCUUGGAUGAUCACGAUAAUUGGGGACACAUUAAUGAUACCGGAUUCAGUGAUGGGGAUAACUUUCCUAGCUGCCGGCACAUCGGUCCCAGAAGCUGUAUCCAGUGUAAUAGUAGCAAAACAAGGACACGGAUCCAUGGGUAUCAGCAAUUCCAUCGGAUCGAAUACGUUCGACAUCCUGCUAUGCCUCGGGCUGCCGUGGCUCAUCAAAGCAUCGCUCACUCCUGCCGAGCCUGGUCACUACUGGGUGAAGAUAAACUCGAUGGGGUUGGAGUACUCGGCCAUAUCGUUGCUGUCGACGCUGUUGCUGCUGUACUUGACGUUUUGGUUCAAUAAGUUCAAGUUGGACGCGGCGGUGGGUCGCGCCUGCCUCGCCAUGUACGCCAUGUUCCUGGUGCUGGCCACGCUCAUAGAGCUUAACGUAUUCUUCCCGGUCAACGUGCGCACGUGCAAGAGAAGUGAACUCAAAUCUUAAGCUGCCAAGUGUUCUGGACUUAAUGACUAGACGAAGUGUAUAAGAGGCAGUCGUGAUGCCUCUAGCAAACCGUUUCAUGCUCAUUAUUUGUGCUGAAACUUUAACGUGUACUUUAUAAGCAUUCGAUCAUAUUUUAUUGGAAAUUUUCUCCCGAUCAUGUCUCAAUUUUAAUUAUAUUCAUGUUUAGAUGAGAGCUCUGUCAUUUCAUAAAUUUCUAUUCAACGUUAUUUAUAAAAUUGAGAAGAUAUAAUUGACGCAGAUUUGCGAAUAGCAUCAAUUGCGACGAAUUUUCCGUUUGUAUUCAAAGUAUAUUAGAGUAAAGAUAGUGUUGCAGUAUACCUCAGACGUUAAGAGCAUUGACCUAUCGUCUUCAGUACCUAUUAACUAUAAUCCCCACAGUAUUAUUAUAUUUCAUUUAUUAUGUACGACAAGCAGGGCAAAGCGGUAUUAUUAUGUAAAAUGUUUAGUGCCAUUGUACACGGUAAAUAUGUGACAAAACUUAGAAUUCAUAUUAUUUUAUGAAAAUAAAAGAACAUCGUUCAUUAUUCCUUAGUGGCCCAUAUCGUUCAUGUAAAUGUUUUACGUUAAGAGUACUUUAGUUAUAUUGAGUGUUUGGUACAAAAGCAAGAUCUACAAUCAACAUUUUCUCUCUAUCAGUAAUCUCGAUACAGAUAAGUUGAUGUAAAUACAUAAUA